GAACAAGGGGUGGGGGUCUAUUAUUGUCUAUCAUUCUCGAACAAGACGAUCUACUCUAGAGAAUAAGUAUGUGUGUUCCACUGUGUAAUGUAGUGGUCCCCCGAUCGCGCGAAUGCAACUGAGGCCUCGAAAGAUAUGUGAACGGCUAAAAACACGUCGCGAAUUAACGGUCAGUCGAUCAGUGUCGCGGCCCAGGUCGACAAGCUUUCGGAAUCAUGGAAUUGAUUUGGGCACUCGUUCUGUUUCUCGUGCAUCCGUCCCAGCCGUCGCACCUCGAAGUGGUUUACCAAUGGAAAUAUCUGGAUUGGGUUUGGCCAAAUAUACUUCUGUCAGGGAAAAACUACACGCUGGGCAAUGCCUUCACGCAAGAUGUGGAUAUCGACAGGCAAGGUCGCGUGUUCGUGACGAGUCCGCAAUGGUUGGAUGGUGUACCAAUUAGUUUAUCUUUGGUGACUAAGGCGCACGGGCCCGGCGGUCGUUUGCUCGUACCGUAUCCCAAUUGGACCUGGCACACGCCGUUUAAUUGUGAAAGCAUUAUAUCUGUCUACAGAGUGGCGAUCGACGAAUGCAAUCGCUUAUGGGUGGUCGACACCGGCAGAGUAAUGAGUAAAGCAAUUUGCCCUACGAAAAUAUUGAUCUUCGAUCUUGCCACGGAUCAGCUAAUCCAUAAAUACGUGGUGCCGGAUGAUCAAGUACUGCACGGGAAAGCGGCAUUAGUUACGCCAAUCGUCGAUGUCGGAAAAACGUGUCUCGAUACUUAUCUCUAUGUGGCGGACGUGGAUCAAAAUGGACUAGUGAUUUAUGACUUAUAUUGCGACUAUUCCUGGCGAGUAAACAACACGCGUGGUAACGCUUUCGGCCCGGAUGAGGAUGCUAUGAAUAUUACGAUCGCGGGCGAAUGGUUUGAUUUGACCGACGGUACGCUCGGUAUGUCAUUGUCACCGUUGGGAUAUUUUAAUCACAGAUAUUUAUAUUUUAACUCGCUCGCUAGUUACUAUCAGAAAUACACGGACACGUUUUCAUUGACGCGGAGCGAGUUCAGGGAGCCGGUGGUAUUUCAAUCAAAUUACAAGCGCGCGAGCCAAGCGGGCGUGCAGGCAACUUCUCGAAGAGGCGUAAUAUUUUUCCAAUUGGUCCAAUUAACUGCCAUUGCCUGUUGGGACAUCGGGAAACCAUUUACUCCGAAGAACGUCGUGAUAAUAGCACAAGACGAGGAGACUCUGCAGUACGUGAGCGGCAUUAAGGUGAUCACGAAUAGGGCUGGCGAGGAAGAAUUGUGGUUCAAUACCAACAGGCUUCAGAAGACGAUAAACAUGAGUCUCAAGCCGACGGAGACAAACUUUCGAAUAAUUAGAGGCACGGUCGAUGAUAUUAUUCGGGGUACAAAUUGCGAGCCGUUAGAAGAUUACGGCCUUAGAACGCAAAUACCAGAUCAGACCAUUUUUUGGCAUCAAAUAUAACUUGCAAUAAGACUA